UCUUACACCUAACCUCUACUUGAUAUGUGACAGUAUGCGAUUUAGAAUUUCUAUUAGGAAGUUAUUAUUUUACUAUCUAUAUUGUCAAAUAAACAACAUUAUUUUAAUUUCUAAUGUUUCAACAAGUAUUAUUUUUGGAAAAUGAAUAUAUCUCGAUUCAUUGACAACGAUUUAUAGCUCACACUGGUACAGUCAUUUUCAAUGUACAUACAUUUAUGUCGUUAAAGGUACAAUAUUCAAGUUACGAGAAACGCGCAAAUGUCAGUUGCACGAUUCAGUACAGAGGUAUAGGUAUGUGACCGGACGUUAUCAGACAAAUUGAAAUAAUAUUUCGUAUUGUAUAUCGACGUAAUUAAAAUUUCAAGAUAGAUUUAUAAUGGAAGGUCACCAGGUAAGAGCAUUAUAUGACUUUACUGGUGAGUCAGGAACAGCUGAGUUGUCUAUUGUCGCAGGAGAGAUUUUAACUGUCAUGAGAGACAAUGUUGGUGAUGGAUGGUGCGAAGGAUUCAAUCAAGGUGGAAAGUCUGGUCUUUUCCCAGCUGCAUAUGUACAAGUGAUCGAGUCGUCUGCUCCUGUGUCAAUAUGACAAUGUCGCAACAAAGUUCGGGAGAUUACUGGGAUGAUGAUUGGGACGAUGAUUCAGAAGUUGGUCAAACGCAAGCAUAUGUUCCUGUUACAAAUCAGCAGCAACAACAAGCUAUGCAUAUAGCACUCCAGUCCAAUAGCACUGAUAGUGGAAAUUCUAUCUCAAUUCAUACUAUACAUUCUGUGAUACCUGAAAGACCUAUAUCUAAUGUACCAAAGAAGAAUAAUAAGUUUUCUACUCUGAUUAAAUCGGGUGAAGAUAGUUUUUUAUUAGGAACAAGAGUAGCAAGUGUACCAGAAAGUGAAAAGCUUCUUAUCAAAGAAACUGAAGAUGGACGUUGUGCGUGGAUACCAACGGGAGACUCGUAUAGUUGUGUUGUUACAUCUCCUAAGAAAGAAUCAAAACUUAAAGGUCUUAAGAGCUUCAUUGUAUAUCAGUUAACACCUACGUUUAAUAAUAUUCAAGUUUCAAGAAGAUAUAAACAUUUUGAUUGGUUACACGAACGUUUAGAAGAAAAAUAUUGUUUCAUACCAGUUCCACCCUUACCUGAUAAACAAUUAUCAGGACGUUAUGACGAACAAUUUAUAGAACAUCGUCGUACACAAUUACAAGAGUUUGUUGAUUAUGUUUGCCGUCAUCCCGUGUUAUCACGCAGUCGAGUAUGGGAUCAUUUUAUGAUUUGUACUGAUGAGAAGAGGUGGAAAGCCGGAAAACGACUAGCUGAAAAGGAUGAAUUAUUAGGAGUGAAUUAUUUUAAUGCUAUCCAAUGUAUCGAUACACCGUUAGAUGCGAUCAAAGUAGAAAUUCAAAUAGAUGCAUUUAGUAGAUAUAUAAAUGGUUUAGAUCCUGUAGUCAAAAAUUUCAUGGCCAUGGCUGUUGAUCAAGCCAAAAAGCACCAAGUACUUUAUAAAAGAGAAUUUCAGAAAAUUGGUCAAUCUUUCUCCUCGUUAGGACAUGCUUUAGAAGGAGACGAUAGCGAUCAUAUGAGAUUGACUUAUGCAUUAAAAGCAACAGGUGAAGCAUACAAUGAUAUUGGUCGUCUCUAUAAGGAACAGCCAAAAUUUGACUGGGAGCCACUUGCUGAUAAAUUUCAUAUUUAUAGAGGAAUUAUCAGUAAUUUUCCUGAUGUUAUCAGUAUACAUAAGAGUGCAGUACAAAAAAGAAAGGAUUGUGAAAAAUUAGUUGCAGAACAUAAAAUGGAAACGCAGCAAUUGCGUGAAAUGUCUCAUCGAACAGAUAUAAUAGCACGUGCAUUAAUGGCGGAAGAGACACAUUUUCAGUCUGAACGCGAUAUACACAUUAAUAAAGCUAUGAAAACGCAUUUGCAAGAACAAAUUUCCUUUUAUAAAAAAAUUGUAAAUAAAUUAGAGGAAGCAUUAAAUGCAUAUGUAGACUGAAGCAGGUACUGAAAAUAUGACUAUGCUAAUAUUAUGUACCUUUCCCAGGCACAACUUAACGAUUUUGAUACAUGAUAACGACGCUUGUUUAUAAAUUCAUUAUAUUCGAUUAUUUAUGCACUUACAGAAAUUUAAUCACAUUUUCUCAAUACAAUGUUAAUCAGAAUGUUUCAGAGAUUUUAUUAGAAAAAUAUAGAGGGGCCAAAUAUUAGUAUCACGUAUGUCAUAAUAAUCAAAAAAAUUAUUUGCAAUACAAAUACGUGCGAUAUGUAUAUUUAUAUUUUAAAAAUAUAAUUAAUUUAAUAAUACUAUUUCUCAAAUAAUAUUUGAGAAAAAAGAGAGAUUCAGUUUCAUCAAAUAUAUUUGUAUUAACAUAUUUUUCUAUAUAUAGAAUGCAUAUUUAAAAAAGUAAUAUCAAUUACAGUAACAUUUUUAUCUUGAUAAUAUAUUGCGUAUCUAAGUUAAUUUAAAUUCACAAAAAAAGAAAACUAAUUUUUAAAAAUACAAUGAUAAGUAAAAUUAUAUUAUUUUGAAUUAUGUUGUAACGAUUAUUAAUAUUCACCUCUUAAUUCAAUUU